AUGAAUCCAUCAUGUGAUCAACUUAAAGACCAGAACGAAGAGGAAGAAGAAGCCGUUCGAUUGGUGCCAAGAAAAACAAAGAAUCAAAAACAAUCGGUUGUUGGUCCUUACCAGAACAAAAUUCAAAAACCUUCACAUGCCAUGCUAAAUCGACAUCGGAAUUCCAAAUACAUGCUCAAUUCGAGUCCUGAUUUUUUACAAUUAGCAAAACAGUAUCCAUUCUUUGCGCAAUAUGUGAAUGAACAAGGAUCGAUCGAUUGGAAAAAUGCAGAAUCUGUCAUGAAUCUAACCAAAGUUCUAUUAAAGCAUGAUUUCAAUAUUGAGUGGAGCUUACCAUUAGAUCAUUUGUGUCCUCCUGUGACCAAUCGAGCAAAUUACAUUCAUUGGUUGAACGAUUUAUUAGAGCUUGAAAAAUCCAAUGACACUGCCAAUGCAACCAAUGGACCCAUUGUUGGAAUUGAUGUUGGAACUGGAGCAAGUUGUAUUUAUCCUCUUCUUGGUCACAAAAUGUAUCAAUGGAAAUUUAUUGCUACCGACAUUUCAGAAGAAAGUUUGAUGAUUGCAAAAGAAAAUAUUAUGAAAAACAGUGAGUCUUUCCAAGAAUCGAUCUAUUUGGUACAUGUCGAUGAAUCGAGUCAAGAUAUUUUGAAAAACAUUCUCUCGAAUAUUGAAUCCAUGCCUCAACAAAAACCCUCCUCUUGGUUACAACCUUUGACACGAGUUGAUUUCACCAUGUGUAAUCCACCUUUUUUUGAUCAAAAUGAACCUGUGAAUAGAAAUCCCAAGAAUGAUUGUCGAGGAAAUUCCAAUGAGAUGGUCACUGUGGGAGGUGAAGAAACUUUUGUGAAACGAAUGAUUGAGGACAGUGUGUUCUUAAUGACUCACAAAAGAUCCAUGUCCAUCUUUGAACAUUGUUGGUUCAGUUCCAUGUUGGGAAAGAAGAAGACUUUACAACCACUGAGAGAAUACAUUGCACAAUUGAAUGCAGGUGAAAUGAAACUCUUAACUUCCCACAAUGAUGAUGAGGACAACCACAAUCAACAUCAGCUCCAGAUUAUUUUUCACACCACAGAAUUUGUUCAAGGAAAAACGUCACGAUGGGGAAUUUGUUGGAAAUUUCAAGAACAUUCUUCAAGAAUAUCCUCCUCAGCGGCCAUUCUUCAAGCAUCGAGCUCAGCAUCCUCCAUGGUGAGUUCGAUUACUGUUCAAAGAGACAUGUAUCAAACUGUGACCAAAGGUUUUGCAACCGCAGGUGCCGUAUUGACCUCUAUCUACGAAACAUUGUUAAAACAGAAAGAAUUUAUUACGGUCAAGAGUAAAGAUCAACUCAUGGCAACUAUUAAGGGAUAUUUAGAUCAAGACACGAGAGAAGCGUUUGAGAUUAGUAUCAUUCAGACUCAACCGAAACGAUUUUCUGUGAAAACUAGUUACAAAGGACCUUCCGUGAGCUCUGGUGAAUCGUUUAUUUCUCCGUCCUUUCAAAGAAUGUAUGACCUAUUGAGCAAACAAGUGUUUUGUCAUUGCGUGUGA